AUGGCCGUAACACCAGAUAGCGAUAGUGCAGUACCACCACCGGCACCAGCUUCAAGCUCGAAACCCAUAGUAUCUCAAGUUUCGGUACGUGAGGAGAAUCAGCCACCGCAAAUUAUACAUCCCGACUUGUCACCUGUCACGGAGGAACCGAGCAGUGGUGCCGAACAAAAGUCGGUAGUAGUGGAAGAGGAGAGUUCGUCAACAACUAGUACAAGUCAGAGUAAAGAAAUUGAAAUUAUCAAAGAUUUGAAUGAGGAGAACAGUGAUUCUGCACUGGUGAUGCUGAAGAAAAUUCCGGAUCAGCAGCUCGGCAUGGGAAUAGGCAAACGAACACGAGGUAUCUUGGUUACCUCACUGCAGCCCGGUAGCGUCGCAGCAGAAAAACUGAAAGUUGGUGAUCGCUUAAUGGCUGUUAAUGGAGUACCAAUCACCGAUCAGGUUUCUUUCAAAUUUUUAAUGAAAACUGGAGUGGAAGAAUGA